AUGGGCGGCAAGAAGUGGAAAGAAGGCGAAUGGCGCGACGAUACAGCGCCGUGGCACCAGGAGCAUGGACGCUCCUAUCGCUUAUGGCCGGGUUCGUGGCAUGCUUCACCGAAAGCCCGCAACGACCCGCCGCGAUACGACCAAGUGGUCUUGCAGGAUGGCAAGGGCCAAGAGGGUCGGAGACAGAAGGAGGAAGAAACAGUGCUCACGGAGACCAACCCGCUACUCCGAGAAGUCCAGAAAGCCCUUUCCGGAGCCCGACGUGCAGACGGAAAGGUGCGCCGCCUUCGCGAGGACAGAUGCAGAAAGGAGAAGCAGUGGAAGGUGUUCCAGCAGCAGUCCAAGGCUGCCUUCGUCAAGGAGGAAAAACGCUACGAAGCUGCCCUGGAGAAGAUAGAGACGGAAAUAGCGGAGGCUACAGCAGCUGGACAAGCUGCCUCGCAGAUGAUUCACUCCUUGGUGAACCAUGGCAUUCCGACAAAGGCGACGGAGGAGGUCCCUGCGAGGGGAUCAUGGGAGGCCUUGCUGGAGCAAGAGGAGCCACCGAUGGAGCCUGGCUUUUUGUCCGAUGCACUUCGGGCCGCUCAGCAAGCCCGGAUGAGGUGCAACAGCGAUGGCAACCACUCCUCUGGGGCUGUUGCGCCUCAAGAGGCGGCUUUGAAACUGCUCCGGGAUACUCUGGCAUCCCUUCCGCCGGAGAUUGGCGCCUCUCUGGGCCUGGGAACAGUACCUGGGAGCUCCAACACAGCGGGCAUGGUGGAUGGGUCUGGCUUCGGACCGGGGGCACCUACCCUAUUGGCUCCAGCUGGUCCCAAGGAACCAUAUGCCAGUUCGCCCUCCACGACGACCAUGGAUGCUGCGAUUCGAGCCACUACCAGCCCAAGCCCUCAACCCAAGGUGAAAGCUGGGAACAGGCAGCCAGUCAAGGGUGCAGCCAUACAACCAGUGCACACCAGUCACCCCUCGAUGGGCUUGACUGGGAAGUUGGAGGCCAAGAGGUCUGCGCUCCUACCCUUCGGCGGGGGUUACAAGCCGGAGUCGGAGGUGCAGAUCGUCAUCACCGAGCCGACCACCGCAGCGGCCGCUGCUCACGAAAGCCAGGAGGACGAUGCCGACGAAGAAAUGGGAGCGACCAGAGCCCCCCCCGCUGCAGGAUUAGACGGAAUGGGAUGA